UCGUCAGCCAUUCAUUACUAGAACGUUAUUAAUUUAUGUCUUUUAUUAAUUUGAGAUAUAAGCAACAACAAAUUAGUUUAGUUAACUUCCAGAAUAACAUUAAGAAAGAGAUAUGUAUUGGAGUGUUCCUCUUUGAAGGUUGCCUCAUCGGCAGAACCAUAUCUAUAUUUUAUCCCAGUGUGGCAAUUAUAACGUCAAGGCGGUUAAAAAGUAAACAACGCAUUUUACAACUAACGGAAAUUUUAAGUCCACUAUGCAUUGCCAUGUUAAUUAGUAAUUCGUUUAGUAUAUAGUGAUAGUGAAAACUAAUUAUUGGAUAAAGAUACAUAGAUUCGUUAUGGAUAAAGACACAUCAAAAAAUUUAACUUUCAACAAAACUUUGGAAGAAGUUCGGAUGUUAAAUACAAAAAAUGAAAAACUAUUAAAGGACUUUGGUAUCGAUAUCACGAAUCUCAGCGACUCCGCCCAGGCGGCACUGGAUGAUUAUGCCAAAAUCAAACAGCUUACCGGCCUGGCAGAGCUGGACGCUUCGUUCGUCGACGGAUACUGCUACCAGGAGCAAGCAAAACGUUUAGAGGCACGACUUCAAUCGAUCCCACUGAAAGCCCGUAUUCGGCAGUUGAAUAACGAGAUAAAGCGGGAGGAAACCGAUCUAGCCAAGCUGGAACACUUUGUGACUGAAACCCGCGCACAGCUGAUUCCGGAGGACGAGAUGGGAAAAAUAAGGAUAAUUCUCGAUAAGCGAAUCGAAGUACUGCGUAGCAAACAGAAAACACUCAUGGAGAAGGCGGAUAGAGUUAAUAUGGAUGAACUAAUCGCCAAAGUUAACACUCUCGAGGCGGAAAAAAACACUUAAGCCCUGCCUUGUCAGUACGAUUUGUAAUAGUCCACUAACUAUCUAUACUGCAAUGUGAUUCCCCGUAUGCGUCGAAACGAUGCGAUGCUCUGCGGGCGCAACUAAAUAAAACAUCAUUAGAAUAGAAAAACA